GGCGGGUAGGCGGGCGCAGCGCGGCUCAGCCCCGCUCCUCGGCUCGGCCAUGGGCGUCUUCGGGCCGCGGCCUGCGGGCCUGGUGCGGAGCCUGCGCGCGGCGCGCGGGGCCAGGCCGCGGAGCCUGACUCCCGACCCCGACUCCUGGCAGGCCAGCCCCGCCAAGAAGGCCCGGCUGGGGCAGGACGAGCGGGCCACGCCGCCCUCCUCGCCGCUCAGCGCCGAGCAGCUCGUCCGCAUCCAGAGGAACAAGGCCGCGGCGCUGCUCAGACUCGCCGCCCGCAACGUGCCCGCCGGCUUCGGCGAGAGCUGGAAGCAGCAGCUCGGCGGCGAGUUCGGGAAGCCGUACUUCGUCAAGCUAAUGGGGUUUGUUGCUGAAGAAAGAAAACAUCACAAGGUUUACCCACCCCCCGAGCAGGUGUUCACAUGGACCCAGAUGUGUGACAUCCGAGAUGUAAAGGUUGUCAUUUUGGGGCAGGAUCCCUACCACGGACCUAAUCAAGCUCACGGGCUGUGCUUCAGUGUCCAAAGACCAGUUCCACCUCCGCCCAGCUUGGAAAACAUUUUUAAAGAGCUGUCUACAGACAUCGAUGGUUUCGUUCAUCCUGGCCAUGGGGAUUUGUCAGGGUGGGCCAGACAAGGUGUCCUCCUCCUCAAUGCUGUCCUCACUGUCCGAGCCCACCAGGCCAAUUCCCAUAAGGAGAGGGGUUGGGAGCAAUUCACUGAUGCUGUUGUGUCCUGGCUAAAUCAGAACCUGAAUGGCCUUGUCUUCCUCCUCUGGGGCUCCUAUGCCCAGAAGAAGGGCAGUGCCAUCGAUAGGAAGCAUCACCAUGUCCUGCAGACGGCUCACCCCUCCCCAUUGUCGGUGUACAGAGGGUUCUUUGGGUGUAGACACUUUUCUAAAGCCAAUGAGCUGCUCCAGAAAUCUGGCAAGAAGCCCAUCAACUGGAAGGAGCUGUGAGCCUGCGGGUUUUUGUGCUACUGCAGAGGCAUUGGCCAGUUGAAGUCACUGAAAAUGCUUAUUCUGAAGUUCUCCGUGUGAGUGAAGAAAACGGAGCAAUCUCUAAAACUGUCAUGGGCCAGGCAAGGUGGCUGCUAAAAUACGCCGGCUUGUCAGAGACAGUAGACACGGACCUGCUCCUCCGUGGGCUGCACUGGGGCUGGAGGGGGAUUUGCACCUUUGUGAUCAGCAGUUUGCUGCCUGUUGCUGUUUAGUUUAGAGUUAGAGAUUAUAGAGUUGGCGGAAUGUGUUCUUCAGAUGGCCCUCUGUCUUGCAAGGAGCCGGGUCUUAAAUCUGGCUUCAAAUUAAUCUGCUUCCUGACUACAAAGGGGGUGAGCGCGUGUCUUCAUGGGCUCGGGAGGAUAGCUGUCCUCGUCCUUCUCUUUGUCCUGGUCUUUGCCUUAAGCAGCUAGUGAAGUUGAGUAAAGCAGAGGGAAAGGUUUGAUUUGUUUUUAAAUGAGGCUGGGUAGUUUUCUUCUAGUGCCUGUGGUGUCGUGUCCUCUCACAUCAGACAGCCAAGUGUUGGUCUAUGUGGUUGUGGGUGACCUGACCCCAGGUUGCUGGUUUUUAUGGACUUCACACAGAUCAUGUUUUUCUGCAACACUGGAGAAUGUUGUGUCUUUUAAGAGGUAGGCAGGUACAUCUGUUUUUCAGUCCCCUCUUGAGAGACUGUUUACUGAGUUUUGUCUAUCUAGAUCUGGUGGGUCCAGCUGGUGAGGGACUUGGCCCUACCUGAGCAGAAUAAUAAAAGGUCGUUGAAGUUUG